UCGGAGUCCGGCCAGCCGCUGGGGCAGCGGCCUGCAGCCCGCGUCCGCCCGCGCCCUCCCGCCCGGCCCCGCCAUGGCGCUGCGCCGCCUCCUGCUACCGCCUCUGCUGCUGUCGCUGCUGCUGUCGCUCUCGUCCCUGCACCUGCCGCCCGGCGCAGACGCCGCCCGCGGCCGCGCGGCUAACCGGACCCUUGGCGCGGGAGCCGGGGGUCGGCGUUCCGGAGGUGCCCGCCGCGGCGGCCGCGAGCUGAACAGCACCGCCCGGGCGUCCGGCGUCCCGGAGGCGGGCAGCCGGCGGGGACAGUCCGCGGCGGCGGCAGCGGCGGCGGCGGCCAGCGCGACCGUCACUUACGAGACGUGCUGGGGCUACUACGACGUGAGCGGCCAGUACGACAAGGAGUUCGAGUGUAACAACAGCGAGAGCGGCUACCUGUACUGUUGCGGUACCUGCUACUAUCGCUUCUGCUGCAAGAAGCGCCACGAGAAGCUGGACCAGCGCCAGUGCACCAACUACCAAAGCCCGGUAUGGGUGCAGACGCCCAGCACCAAGGUGGUGUCGCCGGGGCCGGAGAACAAGUACGACCCGGAGAAGGACAAAACCAACUUCACCGUCUACAUCACCUGCGGGGUGAUCGCCUUCGUCAUCGUGGCGGGCGUCUUCGCCAAGGUCUCCUAUGACAAGGCCCACCGCCCCCCGCGAGAGAUGAACAUCCACAGGGCUCUGGCUGACAUCCUAAGACAACAGGGACCAAUCCCCAUAGCACACUGUGAAAGAGAGACCAUCUCGGCCAUCGAUACCUCUCCCAAAGAGAACACGCCGGUCCGAUCAACCUCCAAAAACCACUACACUCCUGUGCGCACAGCUAAGCAGACUCCAGGGCAUUAUGGGAAGGAUGCUUACCGAAGUGGAGGACCAGAUCUCCAUAACUUCAUCUCAUCUGGAUUUGUCACAUUAGGAAGAGGACACACGAAGGGUGAUCGUCAGUACAACCAUCCGAUCUUAAGCAGUGCUACCCAGACCCCUACACACGAGAAGCCACGGAUGAAUAACAUCCUGACAUCGGCCACCGAACCCUAUGACCUCUCCUUCUCACGCUCUUUCCAGAACUUAGCCCACCUGCCUCCAUCAUAUGAAUCUGCAGUGAAGACCAAUCCAAGCAAGUACUCAUCUCUGAAGAGGCUAACUGACAAGGAAGCUGAUGAGUAUUACAUGAGGCGGAGGCACCUGCCAGACCUCGCAGCCCGUGGCACCCUCCCCCUCAAUGUCAUCCAGAUGUCUCAGCAGAAGCCGCUGCCUCGAGAACGGCCACGCAGGCCCAUCAGGGCCAUGUCCCAGGACAGGGUCCUGUCCCCACAGAGGGGCUUGCCUGAUGAAUUUGGCAUGCCCUAUGACCGAAUCUUGUCUGAUGAACAGCUGCUCUCCACAGAGCGCCUGCACUCCCAGGACCCGUUGCUAUCCCCAGAGCGGACGGCCUUCCCGGAGCAAUCACUGUCGCGGGCCAUCUCGCACACGGACGUCUUUGUGUCCACGCCAGUGCUGGACCGCUACCGUAUGACCAAGAUGCACUCCCAUCCCAGUGCCUCCAAUAACUCCUAUGCCACCCUGGGCCAGAGCCAGACGGCAGCCAAGCGCCACGCCUUUGCCUCCCGCAGACACAACACGGUGGAGCAGCUGCACUAUAUCCCGGGCCACCACACUUGCUACACAGCCAGCAAGACCGAAGUGACCGUGUGACCGGCAGCGUGGCCGGGCUGCUUGGCAGAGUGAGGGCAGGACAGAGCAGAGCAGGCCAGGGAUGAGGAGCACAGCGUCCAGCCUUGCUCUCCUCACCUCCCCGGUUCCCCCCAUUGGAGCUGGAGGCGGGCUGCCUUUGUCCAGAAAGCCAUAUCCCCCAGGGACAUGGCGCCAAAUGCCUGGUCCAACAAGCACAGACCCAGGCUCUAGAGCUCUUUCUCUCCCAGUAGAACCCUCCCCCUGCAAAUGAGAAGAGUGGUGAGGCCCCCAGUCUUACCUACCACCCGCGCCACUCCCUCAGUCCCCGCCCCCCAACCCCCACCCCUUCCUGGAGACUCAGCCACAGGUUCUGCCAGCCAGUGGACCCUCCCCUGAAGGUAAUCCGAAGCUGCCUGAGUUUGAACAGCCAGCCGGCCAGCGGGUGCAGUCAGUGGGCUGACCGAAUAGGCUACUCGGUCUCUUUCCUGUAUCUAGAACCGCAUCACAGAAAUCUCUUAGUGCCUAAAAACUGCCUGCUCGCUCUCAGCCAGAGAGCUGCUGUGUCCAUAAGCACAAUACGAUUCUCUUCUGCCUGCUGGAACUCUGGUCUCUACCGAGUGGCCCUUCCCUCGCUGAGCCUUGCAGCCCCACAACAGGAAGGGGUUCUCUUCCUUUUAGCUGCUUGGUUGCCUCUGCCCCUGUGCUGUGGGGGCUCUGCCCUCCCAGCCUUCACUGUUUCUCCUCAAACCUCUCUGGGGCUUCAGCUCUUGCUCCCAAGAGGGAGCAUUAGCUCUUGCCCUCCAGAGAGGAGUAGCGAUAGGUUGCCAGGACUUUAGAAGUGCCUUGGCAGCCACCUGAUGUCUCUCCCCACUUCCUCCAGGCCACUGGGUCUGAACUAGGACCUCCUCUCAGGCCUGCCUUCUUCACCCGAGCUCUGCUCCCAGGAGGCACCUGCAGUGGGCAGAGAGCUAGGGUGGGGAGGGCCACUGUGAUGCCCAGGAUCUCAGGGGCUCACCAUUCCCAUUUUCUAGGGCUCUGCCUGUCCCCCACUCAUGAGCCUCAGGCUGGACAGAGGCAGAAGUUUCCAGACAGAAGAAGCUUAGCCUGUGAACAGGCAGGAGCUCUCUGACGCGGUCAUGCCGGACCCUGAGCACUCCUUUCCACCAUUUUUGCCCUCUCCGCAGCCUUUUUCUGUUUAGAACUCAUUCUCUCUUCCCGUGUUCCCUCCCACACCUACCUCCCCACCUCAUCCCCUGUAGUUCCAUGACUUUCUUCAAACCAGUGGAUCCAAGGAACCGAGACCCAUUGGUAGAUGCAGAUAAACAAUGGUGUCCCAGGAUGUCGUUGUGGGGGCCAUAUCAACCACUCCUCCUUGCAGGGACACUUGGGCAUAUGGUAGGGGCACCUGGAAGCUCCCCUGCCAGCCCAUCUGAGCCCCCUCUUUGCCUGCAAUCUGAAGGUGGAGAAGGUGUGUGACCAGCUACUGGGAAACUAUCAGUGAGAACAAUCCUGCUCCCCCAAGAUCAGGAGGAGGAAGACAAUGAGCCUCCCUUCUGAGAGCCAGGUCUGGGACUGGGGAGAAUCAGCCCCAGACUGCUGGUGGAGUAGCCUAAGAAAUGGAGCCAUAGCUUACCAGACUCCGGCAGCAAUGCCCUUAAGUCAGAUUUUAUACCCCCUCAGUUCUGCAUGGAUAGCCCUUAAAAAGAGAGGUGGUGAGAAGCUUGUAUCUGUCCUGGUCGUUUUUAAUCUAGCCAAGACUACGAGCCAUGAAGACGUCAGUGGACUGCUUCCCCUCACUGCUUUCAAGAGCUACAAGCUCUCCUACACCCCUCCCUAGAAUGCCCCCCUCUGUGAGAGCGGGAAUGUUCUGUAUAACCCAGAAGGAUGGAAGCUGGGGCUUCCAAAGGCAGGCCUUAGCCUCCCGACCAAAGGGGUGUCCCUGGACAUUCUGCUUUCCUCCCUGCAAACACAUAAACCUUCUUAAGGGCUGGUUCCUAUGGGUCUAUGAGCUUUUGUUGCAGAAGGUAAGGCUCACAGGAAGAGAAGAACUCAAUCCAAAUAGAGAGUGGCUCACUUCCAGAAGCAAGGGCAUGUCUCACAGCUGUCCCACAGCCCAGCACCCUAUAACUCUCUAACCCUUAGCUGGUCCCUUUGAAGGCCUUGUGCUGGUGGGAAGUGGGAAGGGGGAAAGUCGAGACUGUGGUGGCCAAAAAUUCCUUCCCUGGUGUCUGGACAUCCCAUGGAGAAUCUUCCAGACAGCAACUUCUCCACCCCUUGGGAGACAAUCUUACCCCAGGCUCUUCCCUCAGCCUUGGCUCUGACAAAGGUGUCUGUCUGUCUAUUUUCCUCUCCAUCUUUCUGUCUGUCUGUCUGUCUGUCUGUCUGUCUCAGGGGUUGUUUGAUAAGUUGAUUCCAAACUCUUUCUCAUCCCUGCCUUACCACCUUCUGGUAUAAAAUACCUGGCAUUGGUUACGUCAGAAAAUUCUAAUGGAAUGCUUGCCUCUCCUGAAGGCUUUUCUUCUGCUUCAUCCUUGGAAGGAGAGGAAUAGUAACAGAGAUGAAAGUCUACAGACUACUAUAAUCCAGUCCUCUACUUCAAACUCCGGAAAACUGUGUCUUAACUGGGACAUGGAAAUACACUACCCCUCCUUCAGUUUUGCAUGGCUCAUUUAAAUUACCUGUAGUCAACCAUGAUCCAGAAAUAUUAACAUUUGUCUUAAUUCUUUUGAGAGGUCCACAAUCACAUGGCUUUUAUUACAGUAUAUUCUUAUACCUUGUCCUAUUUUAUUAUUGUCAAUCUCUUCCUGUGCCUAAUUUACAAAUUAAACUUUAUUGUAUGUGUAUGUACAUGAAGAAAACAUAAUACAUAUAGAGAGUCUCGUACUAUGUGUGGUUUCAGGCACCCACUGGAGUUGUUUUCCCUCGGUGAUAAGGGAAAACCACUAAGUCCCAUGAACUCACCCAUCACUCCAGAACCAGCUAGCUAUGUUGUAUUGUAUGAACUCACUUGAGAGUGUCUGGGGCUGGAACCCAGAUGUCACUGCUUCUAGCCCAAGCAGGUUGGUGUUCUCUGUCACACACAGGAGAGCUAUGCUCUUCAUGAUAAACACUCCUACCCCAAGCAAAGGAAACUCAAGGUUUCCCUCUGCUUCUUUUGUUCCUUCAUGCAUGUCUCCACUGCCCUGGACUGGGGUGUGUACAGGUCUUACUUGACCCAGGUGUUCUUCCUGAAGACCUCUUACCACUCCCGUCCUUCCAUCCUUCCUUUCUCACUUCCUCCGGUGAACUCUUGGCUCCAUAUAUUCAUGAGCCACAAAAGCUUGCCAGUAACUCCUUAGCCUCGUAACUGGACUUUGAUCUUCAGAAUUUCCCCAGGUCUGAAGUUUCCCUCACUUCCCUCUUCAAUUAUCAGCCUUCCUCCAGCCCUAGUUUCUUUUACCUGGAUCUGCUGAAGUCUCUGGUUUGAAGAAUCAGAGUUCUUGAUGGAAACUGUGGAAGACUCUCACGUUCUGUGAGUCCUUUGUUUGCCUCAUUGGUUUGUUACACUUCCUCACACAGGAAAUGAUGCCCCAAGGGGUAAAGUCACGGGUCUCCCCCAUCCCUCUGAUCUCUAAAAGGGAAGGGAGAGAGCUGCCUGGUCAGAGGUGUCAUGGCCAAAAGAUCAGCUUUGGCUCCUGCAGCUACCAGACUCAAGAAGCUCUUGACUCAGACUGCUACUAGCCCAGAGUCUCCUGCUCUGGCCAAAGAUUCAUCCCCUUUGAUGCCUGUAGCUCUCGCUUCUAUUCCAACACCUUUCUUCUAGUGGAAAUCACAGCUCUCCCCUCAUCCAAAGACAUGAAGACUUGUAAGUCUCCAAGUAUGGAGGAGUAGCCAUCCCAACAUCUCUGCCACCAAACUCAACCCAUUGCCUUUGGAGAGUUCUUAGCUGUCACUUGCUUCAUCCCUCAUUCCUUCCACAAAUGGCUGUGGACUGGACCCAACAUCAUAGUUUGAAAGGGCUGCCCAUCACUUGGACCCUAGAAGGCACUUGCUGUGAGAGGAGGAGGCACGUUAGGUCCCACACACAUCUCUCUGCCAUCCUCUCUGAAUCUGAGGAAUUGUGAAAUGUUUUUAGGAGGCUUGCUGCGCUUUAACGAAGUAUUUUCCUGGUGUAGAGUUAUUUUUAUAAGUGACAAAUUUUGAUGGUAGGGUUUAACAUGAAAGACAAGUCUUUCUGGCCCCUCUCUUUGAUUUUGGAAAGUGGCAUAUCAGAGAGGGGACAAGGGGAGAGAAGCAGAAACAGGACUGAGGCUCCAGAAACAUGGCUUCUAGGUCUGGCUUUUGUCUCCAUCUUGCCAUGUGACUAUGGGCAAGUCACAUGCCAGUUCAGUGCCUCAGUUUCCCCACAUAUAAAAUGAGGGGCUUUGACUAGAUGAGCCCCCAAAGUUUCAUUCAGCUUUUACACUCUGGGGUUUUCAUUCUCCGCUCCUUUCCUUUUCUACAUUCAUCCCCACUUCAACUGAGCUGCACCCAUCACACUCUGCCUGCCCUAUGGCAGCAUCCUCAGAGGCCCUAGACAAACACCAGAUUCCUUGCCAGGUUUUGGGUGGAACCAAUGGGCUCGGCCACACAUGGAUACUCUUGUAUCUGAAAGUUAAGGCCUGACCACACAACAGGUCACCAAUCAUGUAUCCCUGAAGCCUCUCAUAUAAGCAUACCUAAACCACCUGGGUGUCAGUUGCUGUGAAAUUCUGAGUUUGGAGUUUUCAUUUUCGAUGUCCUUAUAGCUGGAGGGAGGUAACUCUACUUUCAGAGAGGGGACUGGCUGAAAGAAAAGGGUCUAGAUGUCUGACCAUGACUUUUGGACACAAAGUUUGUAUUUAAGGUCAGAUAGGAAAUUUGUUCCAUGUCCCAAAGGAGCAUGCUUGGCAGAGGCUCUGUGUGACAAGGAAUGCCAUCAUAUCCCACGCCACAGCAUGCAUCCUGAAGACCACGUCAGGAUGCGGAAGCUCCAUCCCAUCUGGAGAGGACGAGACAUCACCCACCUGGGCUGCUGGGAGGAGGGUCCUCACCCCAUCCCAGUAUCUUUGUGGCCCCUCUUUGUAAUACUAUCAUCCUCCCCAUGAAGGCUUGUGAAGCACCAAUGGAAAUUCCAAAUCGCUGUCAUCAAAACCAUCUUGUAAAUUGCAAACACAUUAACCUUCCAUCAUUCAUAAAAAUAAUGCUGUGUGUUUGCUUAACAACCUCCCUCAUGUGGGAGGAGAAGACCCUGCUCAACUUUGCUGCCAACCCUCCAAUGACCCUCAAAUGCCACUCCAUUAAAGAGGACCCAUUCAUUUGCUUCAUAGUGGCAAAGAAAUCUCUAGUCCUGUAAACUCAACUAGACAUUUUGUAGUAAAGAAUUAUUGAAAUUCUCUAAUAAAAGGCAAUUCUUACUGUAACAUUUUUAGUUGGGGACACAAUUUCCUAAGGGGGGUGUUAAGGAACAUUUUUACUCGUUAGCUGGGUUUAUGGAUUCUAUGUUUAUUAUAUGGUAGUAUUAUGAAAAGUACCUUUCUAUCCGUAUCUCUGCAGUUUCUCUGUCACUCACAUGGAAUCUCCCCAAUGAGCAGUGCCCCCCAUUACUGCUUCUGUACAAAUCUCAUCAUUCUUCUUCGCUGUCAAAGCACACCCUAUAUGUACUGUAAACAGAGAUUGCUUUAGUGAGAUUUAGUCUUGAGGAUUUUUCCACUUUUGUCAGUAACAGAUAUUUAUGGAUCAAAAAAUAAAGCUGUUUCAACAUAACCUGUGUGUCUUAAAGUAGCUGCAUGCUUACAGAGUCAAAACCAAGGUCAUGCAAAAAAAGCAAGGAAGGAUACAAGAGAUCAUUGUAAUCAGGAAAGGGAGCAGGGAUUGACUACAGACAGUUCCUAGGAAACUUUAGGUGUGAUGAGAUGUUCUAAAACCAGACGUGGCCAAGCUCAGUGGUACAUAUCUGUAAUCCCAGAAUUCGGGAGAAUGAUGUAGGAGGAUUAUGAGUUUGAGGCCAACCUGGGCUCCAUACCAAAAUGUUGCCUCAAAAAAAAAAAAAAAAAAACAAUUAAAAUCUGUAUUGUGGUGAUAUCUGUGGAACUACAUAGGUUCAUGGAAAUCACCAAAGUGUACAUUUACCACUGCCCUAUGUUAUGGUAUACAAAUCAAGCUUUAAAAUGCAAGGACAGAGGAAUGCAGAGAGGUAAACACCCGACACUGUGCCAUCUGAGAGCAGAGCUGAAUUUUCCAGUGCUGUCUACACUCAUCUACUCCAGCACUAUUAUUCUUAGAUAUCAGGUCUCAGUUUUAUUUUAGUGUUAGUUACCGUUACCAUGGCUGUGAGCAGAUUAGAGGUGGCUAAAGAUCCAUAACACUUAACUCUGAGCAUCAAAAAGUUGCACCAUGAAAACUGAUUCAGAUUUGCAGCUUUGUUCAAGACUCUCUUUGUCUGGAUGUGGCUUUGAUAUUAUUUUCUUUGGCCUACGCUCCCUUUGCUGCAAGGGUUAUUUGUUGAUCACCAGAGCCUAGAAACAGGCUGAACAAACAAACCACUGCCAGGGAGAGAAUUUAUCCUAUCCCACAAGGCAGCAUUUCUGUAGUUUCUGGAAUCCAGGGUUCAACAUACUCUCUUCCCAUUCCUCCAAAGCUCCUGUAAUGAAAUCCUUUUUAUUGGAGGCAUUGGACUGAUAUUUUUUAAAUCCUAAGUCAGACCUGGUGGUACAGGUCAACAAAUCUCAACUACUCAGGAGGCUGGAGCAAAAGGAUCAGAAACGAGUUCAAGGUCAGCCUGAACUGCCUGAGGCAUCUCAGCCUAAGGUGUCUCAAUAGUGAAUAAUAAUUAAAUAAUAAAUUGAUUAAUGGGCAUACCACAGUGAUAGGGCAUUUAGUUAUCAUGCAUGGUGAGGUUCAAUCCUCAGUUCUGCAAAGAAGUCCUUUUGUUCUCUAUUUCCAAGGGUUUUUGUUCUCCUGAAAUCAGCACAGCCUUGGUUGCUUUUCUUACACAGAGCAGCACAUAUUCCAGAAUACGUUCACACAUCAUUACACUCACCACUGAAGUGCCAUUUCUUCUUUUCUAAGCCAGUCUCUCUAACACAGGACAACUCAUAGCAACUGCACACAUGUACCAACACGUUACACAUAUAGAAAUACUUGUAGUCUAUGUUCAUCAUUGAGAGGAAAGGAUGAAAACAAAUAUCUUGAUUGGAGGAUUUUUUUAAAAAAGUAAAAUUUAAUCUUAAUGCUUACAAAUAUAUAUAAUGACUAAGUUAUACUAAAGAUAGUUCUCAAAGGAAACUCUCAGGAGACUUCUCUUCUUGAACAUACAAAAACAAUAUGGAUUACAAUUAAAAACACAUUCAAAGACUGAUUUUCCUUCCUUCCUGCCUUCCUUCCUGCCUUCCUUCCUUCCUUCCUUCCUUCCUUCCUUCCUUCCUUCCUUCCUUCCUUCCAUUACAGUGCCAUGCUGUGGCCCAGGGCAGACUAGCAUGGAACUCGCCAGUAGCCCACUGAUUGAACUUGGAAUCUUCUGCCUGAACUUCCUGGGUGCUGGGAUCACAUCCCUGAGCCUCUUCAAAGCUCAAUUUUAUUAUUUAAAACAAAACCAGAGAAUCUAUAAGCCAAGCGAUCACUCUGAAAUGCCUCUUUACCACAUUAUUAGUCUCUAUUUCUAUAGUUUUGUUAAAACUUUUCAGAAAACAGUAAUUAGUCAAGGCAAGAGUGGA